AUGGGUUUAAUAGCAGCCGUCAUAAGUGCUCUGCUGGCGUAUAUAACAGUUACGACUUCAGCGCCAACGCGAAACUUCGAGAGGACUGCCCACAAUGUGCAACUUGUCUCAUCCUUUGGGAUACCCGGGAGGAACUACACUUUCGACUAUCUUGUAAUUGGUGGAGGACAGGCUGGUCUGACAAUUGCAGCCAGGUUGGCUGCGAACUCCUCACUUCAGAUAGGCGUUGUUGAGGCGGGUACCUUCUCAGAACUCACCAAUGGCAACCUGAGUCAAGUUCCAGCCACUGCGGCGGUUUAUGUCGCUAAGGACGUCAACGACUGGCAACCUGGCAUUGACUGGGGUUUUAUCACAGCUCCUCAACAGGGUGUCCUCAAUGCCUCUGUACAUUAUCCUCGCGGCAAAUGUUUAGGAGGCAAUUCCGAGCGCAACUAUAUGAUAUAUCAUAUCGGCUCUGCAGGCUCAUAUCAGAUGUGGGCUGAUCAGGUUGGGGAUGACAGCUACCGCUUCGAGAACUUCCUCCCGUACUUCCAGAAGAGUCAGAAAUUCACGCCUCCGGACCAGAGCAGGCGGCCGGCAAAUGCUACGCCAAGAUACGACCCAUCUGUACUUGGCAGAGAUGGACCAUUGUCUGUCAUAUACCCCAACUACGCUGGAGCGUUUGGCACUUGGAUCGAAAGAGGCUUUGCAGCUGUUGGUAUCAGGCCCAUCGAUGGCUUCCAAAGUGGCAAGCUCAUCGGAUCUGGACAUCCCCUUACCACUAUUAACUAUGACCGAAACGUCAGAGAAUCCUCCGAAACGGCAUUCUUAGAACCCGAACUGGGCGAACAAGAUCCCAAUUUGAUAGUCUUUCCAUCGACCAUGGCUAAGAGGAUCAUUUUCGAUUCAGAUAGGAAAGCUACCGGUGUCGAAGUUGACACAGGCGGGCUAAAGUAUGUUUUGAAUGCGGGAAGGGAGGUCAUUGUGUCCGCCGGCAGUUUCCAGUCGCCUCAAUUGCUGAUGGUCUCUGGCGUGGGUCCCGCGGAGACCUUGAACGAGCAUGGAAUCGAUGUUAUAUCAGAUCUGCCGGGAGUAGGGCAGAAUAUGGAAGAUCAUAUUCUGUUCGGAACAACUUAUCGAGUCAAUCUGGUGACGGGCUCAGCUAUGGCUAAUCCUCAGUAUGCAAGUGAAGCAAUCCAGCAAUUCAGGCAGGGCUUUGGGCCUCUCACCAGCAUCGGUGCCGACAUGUUCGGUUGGGAAAAGUUACCUCGAAACACGUCAAACUUCUCCGCCAAUGCCCUGACGGACCUCGCAACAUUCGCUGAAGACUGGCCGGAGGUCGAAUAUCUUACCCCAGGUGGCUAUGUUGGGAACUCGACUGUCUUAGGGGAGGGCUUUCCAAAAGAUGCGUACAACUAUGCCGGCGUUGCGGCCGGUAUGGUGGCGCCGCUCUCACGCGGCACUGUCAGCAUCAUUUCCAACGAUACCUCAGAUCUGCCGAUCAUCAAUCCUAAUUGGCUCAGUCAUCCGACAGACAGGGCCGUUGCUAUCGCAUCAUUUAAGCGCACGCGAGAGAUUUGGGAAUCAGAGGUUAUGCGGGAGAUCACCAUCGGAGAAGAGUAUUUUCCUGGUAGAGCGUUGGUCAGCACGGAUGAAGAGAUUUUGCGAUAUAUUCAGACCAGUUUCGAUACCAUCUUUCACGCUGCGUGUACGUGUAAGAUGGGGAGGACGGGUGAUCCGAACGCCGUCGUUGAUACGAAAGCAAGGGUGUUUGGGGUUCAGGGUCUGCGCGUUGUGGACGCAUCGGCCAUGCCGCUGCUGCCGCCUGGUCAUCCGAUGGCUACGAUAUAUGCGCUUGCAGAGAAGAUUGCGGAUGACAUUCUUAAUGGAAGGUAA